CUUUACCUUUUGUGUGUCACUGUGAUGACAUUAACUUAAGGAAAGACGACUUGUCCUCAAUUAGUGGUCCGGCAUCACAGAGCCUGUAUCCCACUGUUCAGAGUCUACUGGAUGGCACUCAGCAAUCAGACAGAGCAGCUUUUGUCUGAUAAAUUUUAACAAGCGACCAGCCAAAUUGGAGUCACAAGUACGCACAGUCUGUGGAGAGUGUCGGGCUGAAGGUUUGUGGGGCCAGCAACUCUUCUCCCUCAGCUUGACUAUACUUCAGGUCAAAUCAUGAUCUAAAAAAGCCGGAUCUGGGAAAGUACGAGAGGAUUCUAACGCAAUAUGGAGAGCUGGCGGUGUUUGCUGCUGCUGUGCACACUAAGUUUAGUGCUUUCCUCUGGAGAGGUGACGAAAAAUGAUGAUGACAUCGACCUUGUCAGCCUUUUGAGAAAUAUCUUCCCCGGGCUGCUUGUGAGAGAUGAGGCGUUCAUCAUCGACCAAGACUUUGAUAUAAACUCCCUCAAGGAGCUGGGACGCCCAAAGGACGUCGCAAUCACACAGCAAACCAAGGACAAACCAGUCAAUCAGGGAACAAAUGGGGCCCCCGGACCGGUGGUUUUAACCAAAGAUGGCCAGAUCAAGGGGAUUACUGUGGAUAAGGCUCAUGUAUUCUAUGGGAUACCAUAUGCGGACCCACCAACAGGAGCUUACCGCUGGAAGCCACCCAGACCCGUGAGUCCUUGGUCAGGGGUGUACGAUGCCUCCUACCCCAGGGCAGCAUGUGUGCAGCUCUGCAGUGGCCCUGUCUCCGAGGAGUGUCCUCAGAUAGUCAGCGAGGACUGUCUCUACCUCAACAUCUUUGUACCACUGGAUGUGAACUUCAGCUCACCCCUGCGGACCCCCCUGCCCGUCAUGGUGUGGAUCCAUGGCGGGGAUUUCAUCGCUGGCACUGCCUCCAAGCCGCUGUAUGACGGACGCUUCAUCAGUAACUUCACCCACACCGUUGUCGUAAACCUGGAGUAUCGACUGGGCGCAUUCGGAUUCCUUGUGUCGGGCAAAGACCCUCACACCUCAGCCGUGGGGAAUUAUGGGAUCUUGGACCAGCAGGCAGCUCUUCUUUGGGUCCAACAGAACAUCGCCGUGUUUGGAGGGGAUCCCAGCAAGGUGACAUUAUUUGGGGAGAGUGCGGGUGCUCAGUCAGUGAGCCUUCAUCUUAUGAUCCAGAGCAGUAAACCUCUGUUCAAACAGGCCGUCCUACAGAGCCUGCCCUUCUCCAUCCCACUGAAGACCAGGCAUGAUGCCCUGAAGCUGGGAAAAGGCUUUGCUAAACAGACCAACUGCUCGGUGAACAACAUCGUCUGCCUGCUGUCUCUCACUCCGCAGGCCGUCCUGGCCGCCCAGAUGAAAACAAGUUCCAGGAUUGUGAACCCAUUCAGGUUCCUGGAGGUUUUCGAGACAUGGGGUCCGUAUAUCGAUGGCGAGCUAAUAAAAGAGCAAGCUGUCAGUGCCUUUCAGAAGGGCCACUGGCAGAAAGAGAAGCCGGUGCUGCUGGGUACAACCUCAGAAGAGGGGGUGCUCUUUGUGUACGGUGUAUUCAACAAGCCGGUCUCUGCAGUGGAAAGCACCGUGUACAUAACAGCCAUCUUUAAGCAGCACACUCUGCGGAUCCUGCACAAGUACCUUCCCCUGUACAAGGACGCUGACCGCAGGGACAUGCUGGCUCAGAUCGUCACCGACUACGUCUUCCUAUGUCCAGCCAGGAGGUCUGCACGCGCCGGCACAGCAGAAGGUAGCAAGGUGUGGAUGUACACGUUCGACCACGUUGCCUCGGACCACCGCGUCUGGUCAGGUCUCACUUUCUGCUAUGAGCACGCCUGCCACGGCGCCGAGCUCCCCUUCCUCUUUCACUCGGCCACGGUGGCCAACUACAGCAUGUCGCCAGCGGAGAAGCUGCUGUCCAACCGGAUGCUGUGCUACUGGGGCGCUUUCGCCCACACUGGUGACACUUCCUCCAGGGCCCAGCAGACCACUUUCUGCCGAGAGCAGCGUCCGCCUAUUUGGCCGCGCUAUUCUGACACCAGCGGCUGGCUCGUCAUGAACCUAACGGUUCGUUCGCAUGCCCAAGCGGGAACCAGAAACCAUAUAUGUGACUUCUGGGACAAACUGGGCAUCUACUAGAGAGGGGGCAGCGUAAGUCAUCAAUACACACAGUUAUCUUUGUCACAGAGUAGUCUCCUUCAUGAGGUUGUCACCUCGAAUGAUUUUCCAACAAUCUAGGAGGCGGUGUUGAGCAAUUGUUGAUUGGUUUGGCUCGACUGAUUCAACGCUCCACCACUCUCCUUCGUGGUCGCAUAGGCCGUAGGCGAUGGGUUCGGGGACAUGGUCCCACUAAGCUCAAAAACCAGACGUAAUGGUAGGCUAUGUGUCUGUAGAAUGCUGUGGUAGCCAUGCGUAGCCAAGUGUGCCUUCGAUUUUGGAUAAAUAACCACCAGUGUCGCCAGCAAAGCACCCUCACACAAUCACACCUCCUCCUCCUCCAUGUUUCACAGUGGGAACCACACAUGUAGAACUCAUUUAGUCCUCAUGAGGACUACUGUCAGCAUAACAUUUGAUGGUAUGACCCGAAAUAUUCCAGAGUGGCUACUGUCACGUCUCACAGCAACAAUGGACUGUCGCCUCUCUUUACUUAGUUGAGUGGUUUUUGACAGAUAACAACAGCAUCUGAAUAGGGCUGUUCACUGUAUGUCGGCAUGACACAUCAGAUGGUGUCAAGAAAUUUCACAAAUUCACUUUUGAUUGAUAAGCAUUCCAGGUGACUACCUCAUGAAGCUGGUUGAGAGAAUGCCAUGUGUGCAAAAGUAAAAGUAGACGACUGUGAACAACCUAAAAUGUAACAUAUUUGUUUUACUCCAUUUUGGUUAACGCUUUUUUUGUGUGUUCCUUCAUAGUUGUGAUGUAUUCGUAUUAAUCUGCUGUGUGUAAAAUCAUAAAAAUAAAGAAAGGCUGUUGAAUGAGAA